CUGUGCUUGGGGCCAAAGUGCCUGUGGGAGGCUGGGUCAGCAGUUUGCUGUUACCAGCGUGCCCAGGAGCCGAGAUGUUUACGGGCAUUAAGGCCUGCCUUCCGCUGAAGCAGCUCUUAGGCGUCCUUUGCAGUCCCCGCGUUCAAGAACAAGGCAGGAGGCAGCAUGAGGCUGUGGCUGAGAGGACUGGUCCUCCAGGUGCUGAGACGUGCCCGGGGUACCUGCGGGUCUCCGGGGCGGCCGCCACCUCUACCUGCCCCUCAGAAGGUCGUGGCCACCUGGGAAGCCAUCAGCCUGGGGAGGCAGCCAGUGCCUGAGUACUUCAACUUUGCUCAUGACGUGCUGGACAUGUGGAGUCAACUGGAAAAGGCUGGACACCGGCCCCCAAUCCCCGCAUUCUGGUGGGUCGAUGGCAUGGGAGCAGAGGUCAAGUGGAGCUUUGAGGAGCUAGGGGAGCAGUCCAGGAAGGCGGCUAACGUGCUGGGAGGCGUGUGUGGCCUGCAGCCUGGAGACAGAGUGAUGCUGGUGCUUCCGCGGCUCCCGGAGUGGUGGCUGGUCAGCGUGGCUUGUAUGCGGACAGGGGCUGUCAUGAUUCCUGGCAUCUCUCAGCUGACAGAGAAGGACCUCAGAUUCCGGCUGCAGGCAUCCAAGGCCAAGUGCAUCAUCACCAAUGACUCCACGGCUCCACAGGUGGAUGCCAUCAGUGCGGACUGCCCCUCUCUCCAGACCAAGCUGCUCGUGUCGGACAGCAGUCGGCCAGGCUGGGUGAACUUCCGGGAACUCCUACGGGAGGCAUCCACAGAACACAGCUGCUCGAGGACCAAGAGUCAAGACCCACUGGCCAUCUACUUCACAAGUGGCACUACCGGGAACCCCAAGAUGGUUGAGCACACACAGGCCAGCUAUGGACUGGGCUUUGUGGCCAGUGGAAGAAGGUGGGUGGCCUUGACUGAAUCAGAUAUCUUCUGGAACACGACUGACACUGGCUGGGUGAAGGCAGCCUGGACCCUCUUCUCUGCCUGGCCUAAUGGAUCUUGCAUUUUUGUGCAUAAGCUGCCCCAAGUUGAUGCCAAGACUAUCCUGAACACUCUGUCCAGGUUCCCGAUCACCACCCUCUGCUGUGUCCCCACCAUCUUCCGGCUGCUUGUGCAGGAGGAUCUGACCAGGUACCAGUUUCAGAGCCUGAAGCACUGUUUGGCCGGAGGAGAGGCCCUGAACCCUGACGUGAGGGAGAAGUGGAAGAGCCAGACAGGCCUGGAGCUGCACGAAGGCUACGGCCAGUCUGAGACAGUUGUGAUCUGUGCCAAUCCCAAAGGCUCGAAAAUCAAGUCAGGAUCCAUGGGGACAGCAUCCCCACCUUACGAUGUGCAGAUUGUAGAUGAUGAGGGCAACGUCCUGCCUCCAGGAGGAGAGGGGGAUAUUGCCAUCCGUAUCAGACCCACCCGGCCCUUCUGUUUCUUCAGCUGCUAUUUGGACAAUCCUGAGAAGACAGCAGCGUCAGAACGAGGGGACUUUUACAUCACGGGCGACAGAGCCCACGUGGACAAAGACGGCUACUUUUGGUUCAUGGGAAGAAAUGACGAUGUGAUCAUUUCCUCAAGCUACCGAAUUGGACCCAUUGAAGUGGAAAGCGCCCUUGCUGAGCACCCUGCUGUCUUGGAGUCUGCUGUGGUCAGCAGUCCAGACCCCACCAGAGGAGAGGUGGUAAAGGCGUUUAUAGUCCUUUCUCCAGCCUACUCCUCACGUGAUCCAGACACGCUAACCUGGGAACUCCAGGAGCAUGUGAAGAGGGUGACUGCUCCGUACAAGUACCCCAGGAAGGUGGAAUUUGUUUCAGAACUGCCGAAGACGGUUUCUGGAAAGAUCCAAAGGAGUAAACUGAGACGCCAAGAGUGGGAGAAAUGAGAGGCAACCUCGGAAAGGCCCCCCUGUAGGCCUCUGGAGCGUCUCAGAGGAACUGGGGCAUCACCGGUUAGCCCCCACUUGGAGCAUCAUCCCAUCAUCCCUUUGACCCUUCUGACAUCAAAGGCUUCCAGCUUCCAAAUGAGCAUCUCCAGAAUCACUGCAUGACCCUGGAAGAGAGCAGCACGUCGUUAACCCAGAGUUCACAGCCACUGCCCAGUCAGGCAGAUGUUCGGUGGCUUGACUUCCCCCUCUACCUGGAGGCAUCCUUAACAACUUCCCACUGGUCUUUCCUCCUCAGAGUUUUCAGCUAUCCCGCCGAAGGACAGGUCGCCGGAGCGCUGGGGCACUUGCGAUCUCAUUCACUGCCAGUGAGAGUGUAACCACUUGACCCUUUUU